UUCAGUAUACACCUGCAUAAUUGCAUUUAAGACACUAAAUGCUGUCGUUAAUAUCAUGUGAAUGAUCAAGGAGAGUUUAAGCAGUGUGCACAAGCACUUGUUCACUCUGAAUCGUGACGGAGCUUCGAGAAAGAGACUUUAUAAAGCAGCCUCACCGGAGAGGAACGGGGCGGGGUGUGUGUGCGCGCGCGCGUGUGGGGAGGGAUGGCUGUGGCAGGUCUGCGGUGCGGGGCUGAAUCUCAAUGAGAAAGCGACCAAUGUAAAUCACAGCAAGACACGGAGGAAAGAGAGAAAGAGAGAGAGAGAGAGAGAGAGAGAGAGAGAGAGAGAGAGAGAGAGAGAGAGAGAGAGAAGAGCAGCAGCUGCCGACCGACCAGCCAGCCUCCUCUGCGGGACAACAAAGGAGGUGCCGGGCUCACAUCACGACUCCUGUCAGCACAACUCAGCAUCUGAAUCGUGACCAUUGAGAAGAAAUCUUGAAUAUUACCUACGUAUUCACCUUUAGCCCAAUAAUUUGACUGGACGACAUGGAGGAACAUUUUGACGAGAGGGACAAAGUGCAACGCCAUAGCCGAAGCGCAGGACGGGCGAACGGGCUGCUCAGCCCCACUCACAGCGCCCACUGCAGCCUGUACCGGACGCGCACCCUCAAAACUCUGAGCUCGGAGAAGAAGGCGAAGAAAGUGCGCUUUUACCGCAAUGGUGACAGGUACUUCAACGGCAUAGUGUAUGCCAUCUCGUCGGACCGGAUUAGAACCUUUGACGCUUUGCUGGCCGACCUGACCCGAACCCUCUCUGACAACGUCAACCUGCCCCAAGGGGUCCGAAUCAUCUACGCAAUCGAUGGUUCCAAAAAAAUCACCAGUAUAGAUCAGCUGGUGGAAGGUGAGAGUUAUGUGUGUGGCUCCACCGAAGCCUUUAAAAAACUUGACUACUCCAACAACGUCAACCCUAACUGGUCUGUGAAUGUCAGGGCCUUGGGUUCCAGCAAGUGCCCAACAUCUCUAGCAAGCUCGAAAUCAGGACCGCAGUCUAAAGAGGGCAAAGACUUCAUCAGACCCAAACUGGUCACUGUCAUCCGCAGUGGGGUGAAGCCUCGGAAGGCAGUUCGCAUCCUGCUCAACAAGAAGACGGCCCACUCCUUUGAGCAAGUUCUCACUGACAUUACAGAUGCUAUAAAGCUCGAUUCUGGUGUUGUCAAGAGGAUCUACACCCUUGAGGGAAAACAGGUCAUGUGCCUUCAAGAUUUUUUCGGGGAGGAGGACAUCUUCAUUGCAUGCGGCCCGGAGAAGUUCCGUUACCAGGAUGACUUCCUGUUGGAUGAGAGUGAGUGCCGAGUGGUUAAAUCAUCGUCCUAUGGGAAGAUGGGGUCUUUAAACAGAAGCUCUCCCAGAAGUGUUGCCCUCUCCAGACGCAGCAAGUCUCCCUCUGGAUCAGUGAAUGGGACCCCAGCUAGUCAGCUGUCCACACCCCAUUCUGCAAAGUCGCCCAGUCCGUCCCCCACCAGCCCGGGGAGCUUGAAGAAACGCAGGGAAAUGGACAAGGCCAUCAUUGACAGCACAGCUUAACUUCCCCACUUCUUCAAAGUGGCGCUAUGAUCCACAGUCAAUCCUUAGUCUGGGCCAACACUUUUGGAGAUUUGAUGUGCUCUUUCUGUCUCUAGUGGACUUUGAGCUUGACUUCUGCUUGUAGUAGAGCAGCAAUCAUCAAGUAACAUUGAGACCAGGAUCCAAAAUUAACUUUUGCCAUUAUCUGCCAAUGGCGAGUAUUUGAGAAAAUUGACAAUAAGUACCAUAAAUAUUUCUUAGUCCGUGAGGCUGUAUUUUUCAUGAUUUGUAUUUAAAAAAAAAUAUUUUAUUUUAUUUUGGUUUUUAGCAUUUUAGCAAUUUCUUUUCUUUUUUUUACCUAAUGUGAGAAAUAUCCUGAUAAGUGUCACCACAUGGAGUUCUGAAGAAAAAAGACUCUGCAUUAGAUUUUUCCUACAUUUUUUCACUGUACAAGUACAAGUCAGUUAAAGACAUGCACGUUUUUAAUUGAUCGAAUCGCUCACAUCAUUGAAAAUAUGACUUAAUUCUUAGGAUUUGUUUCAAAUCAUGUAAUAUACUGCGGUUUCUAAUAUUAUUACCUACCCACUGGCGAAUAAUGUUUUAUUUAGUCACCAAAACUACUUUUUACUCACAUUUGGUGCUUGGCGAGUGCUAAUUUUGGAUCCUGAUUGAGACUGUUUAGCGGAGAAAGAGAAAUUGCAUGCAUACAUGCUGUUGAAGGAACAUGCAACUCACCAGAAAGUGUUUAUUUAUUAAUUUUUUCCCAAGAAACGCAUUACCAUUUGGUUUCAGAGGCCAGUUUGUGUGCGAGUGGGAGGAGUUUGUGCACGUGACCAGAUCAAAGUGUCUCUAAUCCUGCAAUUGAUAGACUAAUGUAAAGAGGUUUAAUGCAGUAGCAACUUCUCCUUCCCAGUCCAGAGUUUCUCUCUUAGAUUAUAAUAUGAGCCUUAAAUCCUAGUGAUUACUUUGACGGUCUUGCUGUCUCUCUCUUAAGAGUCUUCCAUUCUCUUCUUAGCUCUCCAUGACUAAAAUGUACUACUACAGCAUCCAAAUGUUCAAAAUGUUGAGCUUUUGGGACUCUUCAGAUCCAGCUGCAGGCAGUUAAAGUUCUGUUUUACAGCCAGUGAAAUCACGUGCUGAUAUUGACCCAGUAUGGAUUAAUCAAAAACUCUUAGCCACUAUCAAACUGGUGCUUUCCUCUGACCUUAAAUAGGUUCUGAUGGUGAAGGCUCAUUGGUUUACUUUAAAUGUGCAACAUGUUCUCAUUUCAUUCCUUUAGAAAGUGCUUUCUCUUAAAAGUGGACCGCUGGGAUAGUUCACCCCAAAAUGAAACUUUUGCCAUCAUUUACUCCCCCUCAAGUUGUUUCAAACACUGUCAGAAAAAAAGGUACGGUGCUUGUCACUGGGGCAGUACCUUAAGGUACAAAGGUACUAAUAUGUACUUUUAAAGUAUUAAUAUGUACCUUUAAGGUACUAAUGUGCACCAUUUAGGGGUAAGAAGGUACAAAGAUUUACCUUUUCACUUUUGUACCUUACGGUACUGCCCCAGUGACAAGAACUGUACCUUUUUUCUGACAGUGAACCUGUACACAUUUCUUUGUUCUGCUGAACACAAAGGAAGACAUUUGGAAUAAUGUUUGUAACCAAGCAAAUCUCGCCCCCCAUUGACUACCAUAGUAGGAAAAACAAUACUAUGGUAGUCAAUCCGGGGUGAGAUCUGCUUGGUUACAAACUAUCCUUUAAAGUUAACCCAUAAAAAAACUACAUUAUUAUAUUUUUAUUUUAAUCAUGUACACUCAUAUAGGAAGAUACCAGUCAUAUUCAGAACCAUAAUAAAAGCAAGUAGUAUAAUAAACUUUAUUUUACAUGGUUUGCCAUAUUGGUUCCACCAUGUUGAGAUCACGUGAUUUUUUCUUUGUGACCCUACUAUUAUUGAAUGAUUUCGCUCAGAGAAUAAAUUAAUUGUUUACUGCAAAUAUGGUAUUUCUACAGUAGCACUGUGGCUGAAAACUGAAAAUGACAUUGAAUCCUCACUAAUAUAAUCAAAAAAUUUUUGACUGCACCUUUAAGAGAAAGUACAGAUAUGUUCAACUUUUUAUAUUCGAAUUCGUUCCAGAUUUGAAUAGAAUUGGCUAAACUUCCUCUUGUGGAAGAGUCUUGACUUUUAAUGAUUCUAAAAGCGAUUGAGUCGACGUGCCGGCAGAGAGACAGAGACGUGCUCGGCACUUUGUGUUCGCCCUCCACCCACUGGGAAAGACUCUCAGAUUCUCCUCAUACUUUUCACUUAUCUCGCACCGCAGUCUGAGCUCUUGAAGUUGGAUGAUCUCUCUGCGGUUUGAUUCUGUCAGAUGGCUUUGCUCUCAGCUCAUUGCUGUUGCAGAAUGAGAAUUUGGGACAGUCAGAUCUGCCCAAAGCAGAGACGCAUCUCAGCGUCUUUACAACCAUCUCCUGCAUAAGUGGGUCAGGCUUUGAACCCCACCCCUCCUCCCUCCAGUGGAGUUCUGUGAAUGAAGGAGGGAGAAAAAACAUUUACAUAAAUAUGAUACAAAUGCAAAAGAACUGAAUGUUCUCUCCAAAUGGCUCGGAAGAAGCAGGCACUUCUUUAUCUGGCUUAUGAAUUUAUAUGAGUCUCCGAAUGUUGUUAUUGCUGCUUUGUGGUUUGGUUAGUGAAUUAGCUUGCAGUGUACGCAAAUACACUGCUAAUGUGUGUGAUUACAGCAGUUCUCCGCUAGCAAUACAUUCUCCUGAAAAUCCAAAAUUACCCAUUAUAAUCCAUCUCUGAUUGCUUAUGCUACAGUUUUAAAUGACCUUACUGCUUCCACUUGAAUGAUUUAAACACUGAUCAUUACUACUGAUUUAUUAUUAAUUAGCUUUACCGCUCAAGCCUGGGCUGUGAAUUGGAUUCUAUGCAUGACCCACUUUCAGAAAUGAGGCACACAAGAGUGGAGGCUCUAUACUGGGAAUAUAUACGUGUGUGUGUGUGUGGCCUCUGUAUCCUUAGGCAUAUCCCCUUCUUCGUCUCUCUUUUUUUCCAUGAACCCUCCAUUUCUCUAGGGAAGAAUAUGGAACAAUUGAUGCAAUGGCGACAAAUACAUUUUUAAUCCAUGUCAAAACACAUCUAAAACAGGAAUGAAACUUGAUUCGUAGCGUGCUAAUCCAUCUCAGUCAGGGUAAACAAGGUGGGAUCGAGAUAAAUGAGGUUACAAUUUCAUUUGUAUCAAAGCUGAGAUUAAAUGGAGAUUUUGUUUGUCAGUUUUGUAUGGUUGGUUAACUAGGGAGGCUGUGUUUUGUGUGUUGCGUAACAUGAAAAGUGAGGCCAUUAAGCUCAGCAUCAUUCUCAAAAUCACACCUGUCUCUCUCUCUAUCGAAGCUGAGUGCUGUUCAGGAUUGAAUUGAGAAUGCACCUGUUUUCAGAUUUGAGGUAGCAAACGGGAAGCAGGAUUCCUUCUUUUUCUUAUUUCGUUGUUGUGAUGGACAAAGAUUCCUGUUCUUCGUUCCACAUCCUGUGGGUGUGGUCAAUUCAAAUUCAGAUUUUCAUAAAAACACAUUCUCUAUGUAAUGAUGUUCCUCAAACUGUCUGUUGGGUUGCAUGCUCCUCACAUUUUCCUUUGGUGUUUUUUCACCUGUAUUUUUUCAUUUUGGAUGUUUAAAUGACAUUGUGUGUAUGUGUGCAUGUGUUUUCAUUCAUUCCAUAAACAUUGAUUUACAAAUUAAUAGUCUCAAGUCAAGUGUUUUCAUUUUUGAGUGAGCUAUUCCUUUAACUGGUCACUUCAUAUUCAUUUCAGAAUAUAGACAUCUUGUAUUCUGUCUGAUACCAUGUAAAUAUUACUUCUUUUUCUCUGUCUGUGCAGUAGUUUUCAGUCCUCUUGUGUUCCAUUGGUUCUCAUUUUUUGGUUGUUUGUUGUACCUUAUUGUUUCUGCUCAGUUAUAUUGUCCUGUAUAUCUUUGCUUUAUUGUCAAUCAUGCAGUUACCUCUGUUUUUCUAUUAGUUUUGUAUCAUAAUUCUUAGAGGUUUUCAUGUGUAGGAAAAGAAUAUCAUGUCAUUUUCUGGUCAUUGUUUUUAAUGUGUUGUCUAGAGUUAUGUUUAUUUUCCAUAAAGCAUGUCAUGAAACCAUUCCAUCACGCACGUAUGAUUGAAGAUGCUAAAUACAUUAAACAGUAAGUCUCUUUAUCUAA